GUUCCUGGAGGCCGGUGGCUACGUGCUGUACCCUCAGAUCGGCGACCGCCUGGACCUGGUGUGCCCGGGGGGGGCGGGGUACGAGUACUACAAGCUGUACCUGGUGGGGGGGGCGCAGGCGCGGCGCUGCCAGGUGCCCCCCGCCCCCACGCUGCUGCUGACCUGCGACCGCCCCCAGCGCGACGUGCGCUUCACCAUCAAGUUCCAGGAGUUCAGCCCCAACCUCUGGGGACACGAGUUCCGCCGCCAGCACGACUAUUACAUCAUCACCACGUCGGACGGGACCCCCGAGGGGCUGGAGAACCGCCAGGGCGGGGCCUGCCUGACGCGGGCCAUGCGCGUCACCCUGCGCGUGGGACAGCGCCCGGGGGCGGAGCCGCGGCCGGAGCAGGACGGGACAGGUUCAGCCAAUCAGACGAGCCCGCCCGGGCCGGGCCCGCCCCCCGCGCGGGGGGGGGGCGGUGCUGGGGG